GACACGUCUGAAGGGCGGUCAAAGCGGAGACGGCGGAGCAGGCGGGCAGCCGGCCGGUCGGCGGUGAGCAAACACCAAUAUUUUGUGUCGGAGAGUUGGAAAAAACGCUGAGUGGGUGUUACUGGAAUCGCCCCGAGCAGGAACCAGGAAAAAAAAAAUUAUCUAUUUGCGACAGAUCUGCUGUGUUGCUGGAAGCACCGUCUUUGCCUUCCUCCCUGGAUCUAAAAGGACCUCUGGUGGCUCAGCAGACUGUCUGUUAUUAACACAGCUGCUUGCAAUUACUGCAAGUUCAAGUCCCACCAGGCCCAAGGUUGACUCAGCCUUCCAUCCUUUAUAAGGCCUUCGCUGAUUUAUCCGUUCCCUCGUGAGCCGAGAUGGCCCAUCCUGACCACCACGCCCAUAUGGCCCACAUGGACCACAACGUGAAUGGCUCAGCAAAGCCCACCAUGGAUCCUCACGCCCACCAUCACCCCACGAAAAGCCCUGGGCACAUGCACGGCGGAAUGAUGGAUAUGACUUUUCACUUCAGCUAUCAAAACGUUCCCUUGCUAUUUUCUGGACUUGUCAUCAAUACACCUGGAGAAAUGGCUGGAGCAUUUGUGGCUAUUUUCUUCCUAGCCAUGUUCUACGAGGGCUUGAAGAUCGGACGGGAAAGUCUCCUCCGGAAGUCGCAAGUCAGCAUCCGUUACAACUCCAUGCCUCUCCCGGGGCCCAACGGCACCGUCUUGAUGGAGACACACAAAACGGUUGGCCAACAGAUGCUGAGCGUCCCUCACCUCUUCCAGACCGUCCUCCACAUCAUCCAAGUCGUGGUCAGCUACUUCCUGAUGCUCAUCUUCAUGACGUACAACGCUUAUCUCUGCAUCGCCGUGGCCGCCGGCGCUGGCGCGGGCUACUUCUUCUUCAGCUGGAAGAAAGCCGUUGUGGUCGACAUUACGGAGCAUUGCCAUUAACGGUGGUCCUCGAGACAUUCUCCGUCCCUCCCUCCGUCCCUCCCUCCCGCCCCUUCAGCCUCCCCCAAAGGACCAGGUUUACUAGAAGCAUGCCAAGGAAAGCCGUGGGACCCUCCCACCCUCGUGCCUCCCGCCUCCUCUCUCUUCCCCACGUUUUCCCUUCUUCCCCCAAAACCUUUGGGUCGCUGAGCCACGGUUAAAAGGAGUCGGGCGGCCAGCUAAGGCAACCGACUCGGAACGACGGAUGGAUGAAACAUUGCGAUUCUUGGUCGGGUUUUGGUUUCAGUCCUGAUUUAAAGGCAGUUGCUGAACCCGGCCAUCCCAUAUCCUUUCUCGUACUUGAGCAGGAGCCUCCGUUCCCACGAGGAAGAGAGGGCAAGGGACACACGAGAGAGAAGUAGGCACACGCAACUUCUAGGAGGCCAGCCGGUUCGAUCGGCGAUACUAGCCGAGUGCCAACGGCCUCUCUUCAGCUUUGCUUUGUGCUCGGUGGCCAACUGCCGUUUCACAACUGCCAAAAAAAACAAAGCAGCCAACAACGGUUGUGCAGAUUUGGUUCUAGGAAGCCAUUUGUCUUUUGACCCGGGAAGGUUCUAGAAUCCAGGGCCUCUCCUUGUGGAGAUGCUCUGGGGCGAAAAACGAAGCCCGUUUGCCGAUUUACAGUACCCGUUUCUAGCUGUCGGCGAGGACACGCUGGCGAAAAAUUAUGGGGAAACAAGUAUGAUUUUUUUUUAAAAAAAGCAUUUAUAUUUUAAAUAAACCUGCAGUACAAAUGUUUUUAACGGGGUUUUUUUUUUCUCCUGAUUUUCAGGCUGGCCUAAAUAUUAUUUUUUAAAAAAAUAUUAAAUCUAAUUGUCAUGCCCUUAAGACUCUAGUGGCUUCAAACAAAGCUGGAUACGCGUUUUUAGGCAGAAAGUGUCCCAUAUAAUUCCUCUACAUGGGGAAUUCUAGUUCCUGAAUGGCGAACAACAGCAGAGGAAGGGAAAAUUACUUCUGAAUCAUGCCUGUGAGUAUCUUAGGUACACCUGGAUGGCCAUUGGGAGACACGCCCCCCCCCCCAAGGACCCCCCAAAUUGUCCUGUAGACUGUGGGAUGAGGCCACUCUUCCCCUUGCAAGGAAGUUAGGAGGCAGGGCUGAGGCUGCCUGGGGCGUGUGGUUCACCAUUACCUGGAAAAGCAGUUUCUCGCUUUUUUAAAUUUCUCCCGCGGAACGAAGAGAGUAGAAUCGGGAUUAACGUUCAUGCUGAGAAAUCAAACUUUUAUUUUUCAAAUUGACUGCCUGAGGGGGGGGGGGAAAGUACAUACAAGCUGGAGAACUGCAACCACGAGGAGAAUCGAAAGCCUGCAGCGUCCGUUGUCACCUGAUCGUAAAUUUGCGAGAGGCUGGCGUUUUGCUUUGCUUUUUUUUUUUCAACCAAGCCAAAUUUGUACUACCUCCAGGCUGUUUUGGCUCGACGACAAUCGCGGCGCUCGGGAGCACGAAAACGAAAUCGUUUGGGCGCUUACCCAGACGGCAUCUGCCGCAGAGUAAACUGGUGGCUGAAUCGGACCUUCUCUUCUCCCCCUUCACCAUACAAUCGAGUUUUCAGCCUCUCUCUCUCUCUACCGAUCUCUUUAGAAGGCACGAAGAUCGGAUUUAACGAUACAUUUCAUCUCGGCCGCGUCGGAGUCCCGCCGACAUCUUCGGCUAAUUUCGUGGCGCUUCAAACCACGGCUAACUUCCUCGGUCGCGGAAGCACAUCGCGUCCGUCUGCUUGCUUCUACCCGUCCUGGGUAAACUUAGAGAAAGGAGUGGCUCCUUGGUUAAUAGGACUCUUCUGUCCCCCCGCUCGCCUCCGUCCGAGCGAUGGCUUAAUUAGCCAGCACUAUCAGCUCUGGCAGCAAACUAGCGAGCGUCUGCCAAGUGACUCUGUUAUCUCCCUUGAUGCCGAUGAGUCACCCAGGAACAAACUACUUCAGCUUUAGUUAAGCAGUUGAUUUGCCUGCUACGAAGAGGCAUAGCAGCCCUCGCUGCCUUUAUAUCCUGUGGGGUGUGGCUCCAUGACUCAGCACUUCCUAGGCCUGUCCCACCCCUGCUUCUGUUGUUCCCGCCUCUCCUGCCCACGAAACCUAGGGUCCAGCCAGGCCUGAUUGCCAUCAGCUGGAUCUGGAGGCAUGGCCUGGGGGGGGAAGAGUCAGGGGACGGAGGCCUCGUUAUCUCCUCCACCUGGCCUGCCUCUGGCUCCUGGAGCUGAGCCAGGGAAGCCGGUGCUCCCGAGGUAAGUCCUGACGGCCCUUCCCCCUCACUUUCCAAGUCACUUUCUGGCAGGGAGCCUGGCUCGGGGGGGGGGGGGGGCGCAAACACAACAAGGACGAUGGGAACCUGACAGUACAGAGAUCGAAGCCAGCUUUAGCAAUUGGAUAUUUUCCAGUGAAAAGUAGCGGGGGGGUGAGGGGAAUUCCAAAAUCACCUGCUAGCAUCUCUCCCUUGUGUUUGUGGACGGAAAACCCUUCUCUCGUUUACUCAAGGACCAUAACCCAGUAUUGUUUUUCCGUAGCUGUUAUUCUAGCCUUCCUCCUUUGACAGUAUAUCUACGGGGGGAAAAAAUGUGCCUUAGCUAUAUCACUUCAUCGGGCCGUGUAGUGUACCACAUAGGAUGUCUUGUUUUAAAUCCCCAGCUGAUGGGAGUGUAUCCAUCGGCGAUCAUUAUGUGAAUACGAAUGAUUUCGCUGUUGUGUCUUGCUAAAAGUACAGUGUGUCUCAACCGAAAACGAUGGUUGCGCGAGACGUUUACAUCUACCCUAUGUUGUUCAGUAGAAUAAAGAGAAUCAACCCAU